UAUGACGUCGCCCAAUAACAGUGACGGGUUAAGGAAGGAAGGAAAGAAAGUGACAAAUUUGUCAUAUAACGUUAACGUUUGCUACAUCUCGACAUUAGGAAUAUCACAUAUACGAACAUCAUAGUUUUCAUGGACUGUAUGAGAAAUGGCUGAACGGUCAGCUGUCUGAAAAGUUCAGGAAGAACUGUCUUCAAGUGACUGCUAUAUCAUCUAUCUCCCUGUCGAUUGCUCAGGCGAUAACGUUAGCUUCUUGGAAAGAAAAAGUGGACAUCUACGUUAAAUCACAAUGGGGAAAGGUUGUAAAGUUGUGGUCUGUGGUUUGGCAUCGGUAGGAAAGACUGCCAUUCUAGAGCACCUUCUAUACGGAAAUCAUAUUGUUGGCACGGAAUCAAACCAAACCCAGGAGGAUGUAUACGUUGCCUCAGUCGAAACAGACCGUGGCGUGAGAGAGCAAUUGCGUCUAUACGACACCAGAGGGCUCCAUGAUGGUGUUGAUUUACCCAAACAUUAUUUCUCCGUGGCCGAUGGGUUUGUGCUAGUGUACAGUGUUGACAGUUUAGAGUCCUUUAAGAAAGUCGAUGCUCUGAAGAAGGAAAUCGAUAAAUCCAGGGACAAGAAGGAGGUGACGGUCAUCGUGCUGGGGAACAAGACCGACUUGCGCGAGCGUCGUAAGGUGGAGUCGGACGUGGCGCAGCAGUGGGCACGAGGCGAGAAGGUGAAACUCUGGGAAGUGAGCGUGGCAGAGCGCAGUUCCCUGAUCGAGCCCUUUACCACCCUCACCAGCCGCCUGACGCAACCGCAGAGCAAGUCCGCCUUCCCGUUACCCGGUCGCAAGAGCAAGGGUACAACGUCCAACGACAUCUGAGCCCAAAUGGAAAAACUCCAGAAAAGUUAUAGAAAAGACCUGGCAGUUGAGACUUUUAGUACUACACACCCUUUGAGCUUGCAUAGCCUACUCACAAGACCAAAAGAACAUGAUGGAAAACCAGGAGCGUAAUGAGCUGACGCGGUGGUUGUAGGCCAUGAUGGGUCAUCUUCAGUAGACGGUUAUCGAUUUUCAGUGUUUCCCUCUUUCAGCAAGACUGUCAGUAGCACUCUGCCAAUUAUUGAUUUACUGUGUCUGCGUAUGACAUAUUUACAUUAUGUUGACAUUAUGUGUGUGAAUGACAUAAAACAAUAUUUAUUAUUUACUCUUUCACCUUACUCAAUUACUGCUUGAUUUAACCACUCCAGUGCAUUCUACACAGUAAGGCUCUUGAAGACAUCAGUAUAACAGAAUGAGAUGCUGUUCAUCCUUUGCUGCUUUUGUAACUCAGCACCAUAUGAAGGUCAAGGAAAGCUGUUAUUGACUGCCCAGGGAGUCCUAAGGUACAGCACAUUUUGUGAUACACAAAUGGUCCCUAUAUUGUUAUUGUGGAUAAAAUGCAAGCUUUACCAGAAGAAAGCUUGCUGCAGAAAUGCACACUAUAUGUAGCUUCCAUGCUGUUUUCCUUACAUAUGGUAAUCAUAAUAAAACACAAAACAUGCUUUUUUUCACAGCUAUGAA